AUGUCUGUCACCACUUCCAUCCCACCAUUCCCACCAGCAGUCACACAGGAAGCUGUACAAGCAGCAACAUCUUCCUGCCCAGCCGCCCACUUCAUCUCGCACAUCCUCAAACUAAGCAGCUACCUCAUCAACAUCACCAGCACGAGCACUCUCUUCGGAAAGCCUUCCAACGACCCCUACACCCCAAGUUUCAGUACUCUCUACAUCCGCCUGCAAAACGGCCAACUCCCUCCUAGUCGCCUCCCGACCAACUUCCAGACUCAUGGACACACUCAAUCCCAAAUCCAUCUUCGCUCCGACAAAUCAGCUCACAAACGCUCCUUGGCCGACUUCGAAGACCUCUACUACGCCACUCUCUCUUUAAUGCAAGAACUCCACCAUCUCCUCACCAUCCGCCUCCAAAGCGGCUUCAACACACCCGCUGACCUUGCCUGCCCGUGCGGUCCCACCUUGUCUUCCCUACAUGAGAGCCUAACGGCGUACUGGUCCUUCUUCAACGACGCAGCGUGUGCCAAGGCGCUCGACGAUGCGGUGCGGGAAGCUCGCGUUAGGGCUAUCCGCGACGAGAUUGUGAGGCAAGUAGAAGCAGAUGAGUUGGAUAUAGCCGAUGCGAGGGCGCAGUUAGCGGGAUUGUACGGGGAAGAUGUAUAUACGGGGGUUGAGGGGAUGCGGUUUGUGAGGGGUUGGGCGCCGGCGAUGGUGGCGGUGUAUUUGGAGGGGAGGUAUCGUUCUUUGCUGGACGCAGAGAAGGUAGAGAGUGAGAGGGUGAUAGCCAUGGCUAAGACUGGGAAGGAAGAGUCAGAAGAGAAAGUUGGAGGCGAGUGUUUGGAGCCGAAGAGUGAGAUAGACGUCGACAUCGACACGAUCCAGUUCCCCGAGCAGAAUCACGUUGAGCGGCCGUCUUACGAUAUGGCCUUGCGCACCGAACAGCAGAUAUCUCUGGAUCAACCCUUCGCUCACCACGCCCCUGUCCACCACGCCCAACUCCACCAGGCCAAUGCAUACUACCAAGAGCACUCCGCAGCCAUCCACACCGAGCACUCCUCACCCACAUACCCCACCGACCUCGACAUCAUGCUCGAGUGGCAAGUCCGCAACCAGCGCGUGGCAGAAUACACAAACUACCUGCGUUCCCGCGCGAGUCAGGAUGCGCAGCAGGCUAUUCAGGGGACGAGGAAUACUACCGGCGGCGAGAAUUACAUUUGGAAUGGGAGGUUGGGAUCAGACAUGAAUCCGUAUAGUAAUGAGUAA